UAUCGAAUAGAACAGGAGCUAUAGACGACACUGUAGUUAAUUAAAAUGUCUAAUGGGACGGGACAAAGAUCUCUAGAUAGUUUGGCACAUAUUGCUAACAUGUCCCAUGAAUUACAUGCCCUCAAUAAUCAGUUGAAUUCUCCUAUGGCAUCGAGUCAUCUCAAUAAUAACCUUAGCCUUACGGCACCAACUUCAACGGCCACUCAAAAGUUUGCCAAGGCAAAGAAAAUGGCAUGUGUAGAAUGUCGUCAACAAAAGUCUAAAUGUGAUGCUUUUGAGAAACAACCAGGCCCUUGUACGAGAUGUACUAAGAAGGGGUUAAAAUGUGAUUUGAAGGCUGAUUAUAGACGUACUUAUAAAAGAGCCAGAGUGGCUCAGAUGGAAAGAGAAUAUUUGGAAUUGAAGAGAUCGUUAUCUGAAGCACAAGCUGCAGAACUAUUGACUAAGGGUGGUCCACCCAGUACAUCACCUCAUCUCAUCCCUGGCCAGCAACAACAACAAAUACAACAACAACAGCAACAACAACAAGUACCUCCCCCAAUACGACAGGCUCAGGGUCCAGCAUUACCAUCAUUGCUGUCUGCUGUAUCAUCACUUCCUUGGCAACAAAAUGCUCCGAAUGUAAAUGCAAAUGCAAAUGCAAAUGCUACAUCGGCAUCUCCGUAUCCCUUCGAUAUCAGAUAUUCUCAUAAUUCUUCGGAUACAAAUACUUCAAUUCCAAAUACUCCUUCAAUAUAUAGACUGUAUGAAGGAGUCAUUAGUAAAUCUCAAUCUCAAUCUAAUUUAACAAAGCCAGAUGAAUUAAAAGUGGUGAUGCCAGAUUAUGCUCUUGUUUGUGAAGAAAAGUCAAUUGAUUCAAUAACUUUAUCUCCAGAGACUAUCCGAUCAUUAUAUUUAGAAUAUGUGGAAAGAUAUCAUCCAAUAUUACCAGUAGUAGAUGUUUUAAAAGGUCCAGAAAGAAUCUAUAGAUUAUGUCCAGCAUUAUUUUGGACUAUAAUGUUUGUAUCUUUAAGAAGAUUUCAUGAAGAUUCUCAAAAAUCAUUAUUAUUACAAUUAUCUCGAAUUGUUAAAGGCAUCUUAGCAGAAAUUAUGAUAUCUCCAAUUACUAGAUAUAAUCCUACCGAAGAAGAUGAACCAAUAUUAAAUGCUAGUUCUGUUUAUUCAGUUCAAGCUUUCUUACUUUAUUCUUAUUGGCCUCCAAUUACAUCAUCUUUAAGUGCUGAUACUUCAUAUACAACUACUGGUACUGCAUUAUUCCUGGCUAUUCGCAUAGGAUUACAUUCACCAGGAGCAUUUGAAGUAUCAGAAGUUCGUCAAAAGACUCCUCAACAAUUAGCAAUGGCUCAAGAACUGGCUAAAACAUGGAUUGUAUGUAAUAUUGUAUCACAAACUAUUGCCACUUCAUUUGGUUUCCCAGCAUUUGUACAAUUUGAUACUUCCCUCUGGGCUUGUAGACCAGGUGGUCCAAUAACAAUUCCCAAAACAAUUCAGUAUAUGAUGGAAAUUGCCCAAUUUGAAGAUCAAGUCGCAAGAACUUUAAAUUCAAAUCCUCAAGAUGCAUAUGGAUUAGUUGAUCCAACAGAAAGAUUACCAUUAUUAAAGUUAUUGUUAUCUCGUCUUGAUGAAAUUGAAAUGAGAUUAUUACAUGAAUUACCAGCUGAAGAUGGAUUCCGAAGAUUUCAAUUAUUAUCGGCAAGAGUUCAUUUAUUAACUUAUUUCUUUAUGGAUUCAUCACGUAUUGCUGAUUUUGAACUUAAAAGAGGAUUGGUUAAUUUAUAUAAUGCAGCCACUGCAUUAAUAAAUCUCACUCUGUAUUUCCAAUCUAAGGAUAGAAAAUUUGUCAAAUAUUUACCUGGUGUUUAUGUAUUAAAUAUUUGGCAAGCAUCAUGUAUUAUUGGAAAAUUAACCCAUUCUCCAUUAAAAAAAGUUGUAGAUACUGGAUCAGGUAAACAAAGUUAUCAAUCAGCUAUUUCAUUAGCUGCCAAAGCAUCUAUAUUAAAACAUGAUAUGGCUCAUAGAUCUAGUGGUAUCAUGAGAAAUAUGUGGCAAUUAUUUAGAACUUUAGAUGAAAAGAAUAUGAGUACUUUAAGUAUUGAUAUUCGAGCAAGAAAGUCAGCUUCUGUAUUUUUUGAUUGUUUAUACCUUUUGAGAGAUCAAGUAGGUAUGACUAAAUUAAAUAGUCGAACUGAUCAAAAGAUACCAGAAGAAGAUGAAGAUAUUGAAGAUGGUUCAUCUAAUGAUGGAGAAGAUUAUGGUUAUAAAAAUAAUGAUGAUAAUGAAGAAGCAGUUGAAUCUGAAAGUGAAGAGAAUGGAGUUUCAGCUGAUGGUACUCAAGUGAAUGGAGGUAGUCAAAAAUCCACUCCUGGUAGUACUACAUCUUCGGCUAAAAUGAGGAAGCAAAGAUCGUUAUCUAAUACAGUUAAUGCUGAAUCAAAUGCCAGAAAGAUUAUACGUACUAUACCUUUAGAUCCUCAACCAAUAGCUGUCAGUGGGAAGAGAAGUUCGAUAUUUAAAGUGGUGAAUGCUUCAAAUGAUAGCAGUCCCUACGUCAAGUCUGAGGGAUCGCCUAACUUUAUUUCGCCAUCUCAGCAUCAGCAACAGCAACAGAAUCAUCAGCAUCAACAGUCAUCUGUUUCACAUUCUUCAAGACCCCAAGUUACAUUUGAAGCUUUAUCCGAUAGUUCGGCUCCUCCUGAGAAUUUACCAACGCCUCAACAUAUUCGUCAACUACAACUGCAACUGCAACUGCAACUGCAACUGCAACUGCAACAACGAACAGAAGCCAUCUUUAAUGAAUCUCCCAUACAAGUAGGAUUAGAAAACCUCGAGAUGGAUAACUUCGAUAUGAAUAGUGAUAUGCUUUGGAAAGAUGUUGAUAGCGUUAUGAAUGACUUUGGGUUCCACACCCAUUAACACAAUUGCUAAGUAGUUUAAUAAUGUUUAAUAAUGUAAUAUAUGUAGAAUUUUGUAUAUGGUAGCGCGUGUUUUUUCCUUGAGGACCAUCACUUUACUAAAAAGUAGCAGCAGCAGCAGUCGUGUGCCGGUCAAAGAGCCUGUCUUCAACUCAAUCAAAGAAACGAAAAAAAAUUUCAUCUCCAUACAAAUUGGGUAG